AUGUCUCUCCACGUGCAGCGGCAGCUCUUUGCUCGCUCCGAGCGAGUCAAAGGCAUUGACUUCCACCCGACCGAGCCAUGGAUUCUCACAACCCUCUACAGCGGCCAUGUUUACAUCUGGUCGUACGAAACGCAGCAGAUCGUCAAGACCUUCGAGCUGACCGAUGUCCCGGUCCGUGCCGGCCGCUUCAUUGCCCGGAAGAACUGGAUUGUCUGUGGGUCGGAUGAUUUCCAAGUCCGCGUUUACAACUACAACACGAGCGAGAAGAUCACCUCCUUCGAGGCCCACCCCGACUACAUCCGAGCCAUUGUGGUCCACCCGACACAACCCUUCGUCCUUACCGCCAGUGAUGACAUGACCAUCAAGCUCUGGGACUGGGAGAAGGGGUGGAAGAACGUCAGGGUAUUUGAGGGCAACUCGCACUAUGUGAUGUCACUCGCGAUCAACCCCAAGGACACAAAUACUUUCGCGUCGGCCUGUUUGGACAGGACAGCAGUCAAGAUCUGGAGCUUGGGAUCCUCUACGCCCAACUUCCAACUAGAGGCCCAUGAAACCAAGGGCGUCAACCAUGUUGACUACUACCCCCACAGCGACAAGCCUUACCUCCUAACCACAUCAGACGACCGCACGGUAAAAGUGUGGGACUACACAACCAAGAGCUUAAUCGCCACGCUGGAGGGCCAUACCAACAACGUGUCCUUUGCAUGCUACCACCCCGAGCUUCCAAUCAUCAUCUCCGGUUCCGAGGACGGCACCGUGAGGAUAUGGAACGCCAACACCUACCGCUUCGAGCAAUCGUUGAACUAUGGCCUGGAGAGAGCAUGGUGCGUGGCGUUCCAGAAGGGCAAGCAGGGCAUUGCAGUCGGUUUCGAUGACGGUUCUGUGGUCAUCAAGCUGGGUCGCGAGGAGCCUGCGGUAUCGAUGGACGGCUCCGGAAAGAUCAUCUGGGCCCGGCACAACGAGGUUGUCUCUGCCGUCAUCAAGGGUGGCGAAUCGACCAAAGACAACGAGCCGAUUAACCUCUCGACCAAGGACCUGGGCACCGCCGAGGUUUAUCCCCAGAGCCUUAUCCACUCGCCCAACGGGCGCUUCGCUGCCCUCUGUGGCGAUGGCGAGUACAUCAUCUAUACCGCGCUUGCGUGGCGCAACAAGGCCUUCGGCCAGGCUCUGGAUUUCGUCUGGGCCUCCAAAGACAACUCCAACGACUUCGCCAUUCGCGAGUCGGCGACCAGCAUCAAGGUCUUCAAGAACUUCCAGGAGAAGAAAGGCGGGCUCGAUGUCCCGUUUGCGGCCGACGGUCUCACCGGCGGCGUGCUUCUCGGCGUCAGGGGCCAAGGCGGCAUUUCCUUUUACGACUGGGCAACAGGUGCCCUUGUCCGCCGCAUUGAGGUCGAGCCCAAGCAGGUGUACUGGAGCGAGAGCGGCGAACUGGUGGCGCUUGCUUGCGAGGACACCACUUACAUCUUGAGAUUUACGAGGGAGAGCUACAACGAGGCGGUCCAGGCGGGGUACGUCGAGGACGAUGGUGUUGAAACGGCUUUCAAAUUGGUUACGGAUAUCAGUGAAGGCAUUCGGUCAGCGGAGUGGCUCGGCGACGUCCUCAUCUACACCAACGCGACCAACCGGCUCAAUUACCUUGUUGGCGAUCAGAUAUACACGGUGGCGCACUUCGACAAGCCCAUGUACAUCCUUGGCUAUCUCCAGCGUGACAGCCGGGUUUACCUCACGGACAAGGACCUCGCAGUCACUUCGUUUGCUCUUUCUCUUCCCGUCCUGGAGUACCAGACACUGGUUCUCCGCGAGGACAUGCAGACAGCCGCGGAGCUGCUCCCCAGCAUCCCUCAAGACCAACUCAACAAAAUUGCCCGGUUCCUCGAGGGCCAGGGCCACAAGGAGCUUGCGCUCGAGGUCGCCACCGACACGGAGCACAAGUUCGACCUUGCUCUGUCGCUGAACCAGCUGGAUAUCGCCCUCGAACUGGCAAGAAAGGCUAACGCGGAUCACAAGUGGAAGACGCUAGGCGACGCGGGCCUGGCCGCCUGGGAUGUUCCCCUCGCCACCGAGUGCUUCGUCAAUGCGAAGGAUCUCGGUUCCCUGCUGCUUGUCUACACGUCCACGUCGGACCGCGACGGCCUUUCCAAGCUCGCCGAGCACGCAUCGGCCGCCGGAGCGCACAACGUCGCCUUCAGCUGCAAGUGGUCGCUGGGCGAUGUCCUCGGCUGCAUUGAGGUCCUUGUCAAGACGGGUCGGUAUGCUGAGGCGGUGCUGUUCGCUCAGACGUACCAGCCGAGUUUGGCUGCUGAGCUGGUUACGCAGUGGAAAAAGAACUUGGAGAAGAACAAGAAGGGUCGUGUUGCCAGGGCGCUGGGGACACCCGGCGAGGAUGAGGAGCUGUUCCCCGAGUGGGAGGAGUGGCUGCGGCUGGAGAAGGAGGGGCCUGCUGUUGUGGAGGAGGCUAAUGGUGAGGAGGCUGAGGAGGAAGCCAAGGACUCUGAGGAGUCUCCCGAGGAGGAGGACGUUGAAUAG